AGCGACUUGAAGAUUUUGACAAAAUCAACCGAAAUCCACUAAAGAGUUUCUUCUUCUUAAAUAGAGCCAAUGAAGCAUACGCAUAACUCAUUAAGCAACAACACAAACUCAAAAAACAGAUAUGAUGAUUCUAAGCCAUUGUUAUUGCUUUUCUAGUAUUAUUAUUACCAUAUAUUUCUCCCUCCUAAUCCAUACUCUUGCUUCUCCUAUGCUUCACUUUUGCCGCCAUGACCAAAGGGAUGCUCUUUUGGAAUUCAGAGACGAGUUUCCGAUCAAUGAGUUGAACCCAAGUCCGUGGAAUAAGAGCAGUGAUUGCUGUUUUUGGAAAGGUGUCACGUGCGAUGAUAAAUCUGGCCAGUAGUUUGGAAAACUCUUCACAAGAAACAUUGAUCAAAGGAUUGGAUUUGAGUUCGAAUUCAUUUCAAGGACCGUUCCCUCUUUGGAUAUGCAAGCUUAAAUGGUUACGUCUUUUAGAUUUGUCCAACAACCUCUUCAGUGGCUCGCUUCCUCCAUGUUUAAGGAAUCUCACUGUUUCUCUUACCGAGCUAACUCUACGGAACAACAACUUCAGUGGAACUCUUCCAGAUAUAUUUUCCAAUGCUACCAAGUUACAAUUAUUGGACGUUAGUGGCAACCAGCUGGAGGGAAAUUUUCCAAAGUCUUUGAUCAAUUGCAAAGCUCUACAAUUUGUGAAUAUGGAAAGCAACAAAAUCAAAGACAAGUUUCCAUCAUGGUUGGGAUCUCUACCAUCACUAAAUGUUCUCAUCUUCAGAUCAAACAAGUUUUAUGGGCCGUUGUAUCAUGGCAACAUGUCCAUUGUGUUUCAGAGUUUAAGGGUCAUCGAUAUAUCACACAAUGACUUCACUGGAUCUCUCCCACCUCACUAUUUUUCCAAUUGGCGUGAUAUGACCACACUAACUGAAGGAAAUGGCGAGUACAUGGCAAGUCUUCCAGCUUAUUCUCUAAUAUAUCAGUCCAUGGAAAUAGUGAAUAAAGGAGUAAAAAUGAGCUUUGAGCGGAUCCGACAAGAUUUCAGAGCCAUUGAUUUUUCUGGAAAUCAAAUUUAUGGUAAAAUCCCUCAAUCUAUCUGCGUUUUGAAGGAAUUGCGUCUGCUCAACUUGUCAGGUAACGCAUUCACAAGCGAUAUCCCACGGUUCUUGGCGAAUUUGACUAACCUCGAGGCAUUAGACCUAUCUCGUAACAAGUUUUCAGGUCAAAUCCCUCAAGAUCUUGGCAAACUCUCCCUUUUGUCAUACAUGAACUUUUCUCAUAACCUUCUCCAAGGUCCUGUGCCACGAGGCACACAAUUUCAAAGGCAGAAAUGUUCUUCAUUCUUGGACAACCCUAAACUCUACGGUCUCGAAGAAAUCUGUGGAGAAACCCUUGUCCCCAAUCAUACAUCACAGCAACCUGAGGAGUACUCAGGGGAGGAAGAGAAAACGUUCAACUGGGUAGCAGCUGCAAUAGCCUAUGGACCUGGUGUGUUCUGUGGAUUGGUGAUCGGACAUAUCUUCACUUCACACAAUCAUGAGUGGUUCACAGAAAAGUUUGGUCGAAAAAAAAAGGUCAGAGUCACCACAAGUGUUCGCUAACUUUUGAAGAAGCAUUGUGUAACGUCUUGUUUACAUGUGUGUCCUCGGAAAGACUCGUUUGUGUUUUAAUUUUCUAUUUUAUGGUUUUGUAAUAAACGUACUGUAUUUGGUGGUAUUUAAUAUAUCCUUGGUUUUAAAAUUAAAAUGUAUAUACGUUGUGUUUUGCAA